UCCGCAUUGAAUCCAUGCUCUUAAAGGAGGAUUUUCCGGCAGCGUGCGAGGCCAUGAAACGGGACAUUAAGAUCCUUCGCGCCGCCAUUAAAGAAUUAAUGUGUUGCGAGGAGCUCCAUGCUGUUCUCCACCUGGUGCUGCAGGCCGGAAACCUCCUUAACGCUGGAGGUUAUGCAGGAAACGCAGUAGGCUUCAAGCUGUCAUCCCUCCUGUCUCUGGCUGACACCAAAGCUAACAAACCAGGCAUGAACCUGCUGCACUUUGUCGCUCUGCAUGCCACAUCAUCUCUCUGCUCACUCCGCGGCAGUCGGCAACAGCUAAAGAGGGAAGGCAGCGAGCUGAUCGACUUUUUCUGCGAGGACAGAGACACUUUCAGGCUGGACGACUGUUUCAGCAUCUUCCACACCUUCUGCUCCAGGUUCACAAAUGCUGUCAAGGAGAACAUGGAGAGGGAGGCGAAGGAGGCAGCUCGUCGUCAGCGGAUACAAGAGCUGGAGGAGAAGAAGAGGCACUCCUGGGCUGGAGGAGAAAAGGUGGAUGGAGUCUUUGGGCUGCGCUGCCACAGUGAGCUUGACAUGUCCACUGCUUUGUCGCGGCAUGACGAGGCCGGACUGUUGAUGGAGCUCCUGACCCCUAGGUCCCACCCUCGCUCACCAGUGAACAACUCCCACAGUCCUCUGGGACGUGCUGUGAGCUUACGUCGUUCCCGAAAGUCUCCAUCCUGCUCACCAUCUAUUGCUGCUGAGCAGGAACUAAGCACUUUCCUGGAAAAGGCGACUGAUCGCAAAAACAUUCAGCAAAGAGGCAAAGGGAGCAGUUUUCCAUCUCCCUCAAGUCCAGGAUUCCCAGUGUCCACCCAGACGGCACCACAAAACUCCUCAUCACCUUCCAAAAGGAGUCCAAAAAACAAAAACCAUGCAACUGCCACUUACCUCAGCCAAAAUGCUACCCAGACGUGUGCAAAUGCCACUAAUCCUGCAAAUGAACUUGCAGUCAAACCUACCUCUGACUCAAACCAGCAAUCUGAACACAACAACAAAAGCAGCAGUGAUCAACCUGGCAUGGGUUUAAGCAGCCAUGCAACACUUACAACAAGCAAACCAAAAUAUGUUGAACUGGUUUUAACUCAGCAGACUGACUGCAUUGAUAAGAGCUUUCAGCAGAGUACCACUGCUACAGGAAACAUGGUGGUGGUUUUAGACAAAUGCACGUUGGUUCCUGAGCUAAAAGUGUUUGGCAGUGGCGACACCCUCACAAGUCAUAGCGAAAACAGACAUGUUGGUCUUCAUCAAGAUGAUGUGACAAUCACAGAUUUGGAAGAAGAGAAAGGGGAUGACUUGCAAGUUGAUAAGGUGCAUAAUAAUGGCCAACUGAUUGUAAAUACAAAACAAUCUGAUGAGCAAGUCGGUGAGCUCUGCUCUUCUUCAACACAAAGAGAGGGCGAUGAGGGGCAAGAGGAUAAGGUGGUUGUAUGGUGUGUGACGGGUGUGUGCGAGGCUACAAGUGACACACAAAGCACCUAUGCAGAAACUGAAAAAGAUCAGCAUAAGGGUGACAACCAAGGUGGAAACAAACAAACUUCCUCUGCUUUAGCCAAUGACAUGCCUUCAGAACCUCAACCGGCCAAUGAAAAACCAGUGCCUGUACCCAUCAGCAGCCAACCAGUGCCUGUCCCCCGCUGUGAUGACACAUCACUGCUUGUUUCUUCCUCUGUGUGGCGCCUGAAAGAACCUCCAACACCUAAUGUAGUGCCUGCUCUCACAGCAGAUGCUUCUGAGAAAGAUAAAGAACUGGAGGAAGAGGAAGAAGUGUCCACCAACAGGAACAGUGAUGGAGUGACCGUCUCAAAACAAUCAACAGAAGAGAAAAGCAAAAACAACAUGGCAUCUAAAGACUCAACCAGUAAAACUGCAAAAGCAGCUUCCUCCACCAAAGUAAAAGCAGAACCAGCAACUCCAUCUAAACUACCCAGCAAGAGCCUUCCUACGUCUAAAGUCCAAACUAAUGGGAAGAAACCUACCCCAAACACUAUCUCUGCAUCUGGCAAAUCCAAAUCUAUCCGGACCCUCACAACCUCCGAGAACAAGGACAUGAGGAGGGUUGUGCCAAUAUCCAGGACCAACAGAAGUCCAUCCAGAAUCAAACAUACAGAGAAGAAUCGAGGCUCCUCCAGCACCGCAGUGCCCACCAGUCUGACUCCCUCAAAACGAAGCAGUGCUUCCCCUCGACGAGUAGCGAGGCCUGCAAAUGCUCCUUCAUCCCGACAAUCUGGGAUCCCCAAGACUUUGGAUCCAAAGGACUCAAAGAACCAGAAUGUUUCAGGUACUCAGCCAUCUGCCCGAGAACAGAACAAGGACUUUCAAGGAAAGAUGUCCAGCCAAAAGCCCUUAAUGAAACCUAAAGCCCAGCAGGAGGAGAAGAUCUGUCGCUCCACACUGCGGGCACUCUCUCAGGGUGGAAGAAGUGGAGCAGGAGGCAGCGUCAGUGCUCCUGCCACUCCUUUGCGCAAAGCCACUAGCUCUUCGUCAUCUGUGUUUCCGGGUUUUGCACGGAGCACAGCCUCUUCUUCUUUCAGACGUACUCACACCAACCUUGCUGUUCCUGCUGCUUCCCACUCCCCCAACAUUGGGUCAGACCCCUCCCCCAAACCUUCUUCCAAGACCUCCUCCCCUGUUACCCCAUCCAGCACCUCCUUGCCUAUUACGCGAUCAAGAUCACUAAGAGUCCAUGCGUCAGCAAGAUCCUCAGAUGUCCAAAAACUCUCCCCCUCCUCACAGAGGAAGUCUCAGAGCGUCAAAUCAUCUCCUCGUGCAUCGCGCCACGACUUGCUGGCUCCCCCUAAAGGCCACAGACGGAAUGACAGUGACAGUGACAAGUCCGCUCAUUCUCAGGACUCGGUCUUGCCCACAAGGCCGCGCUGGAGAUAAACUCUUGGUUGUUUUGUUUUGAGGAUUUUUUCCUAAUCAUUCCUCCUUCAGGAAAGUCAGGAGAUACACUCCAUUAUGAAAUGUAGAUACCUUUUAAAAUGUUCAAGUUUAGUUUGAGUAACAAAGGAAGAUACAAUGAGAUUGUCUCGUGUGGAUUUAAAUCUUGUUUGUUACCUUGUUUGUUUGUUAUUAUAAGGUUUAAGUGCAGCGGAGCUGAAAAGUUCACUACGUUUUCUUUGUACUAUAUUGUCCUUGUAAUGUACUUUAAACAACCACAGAGGG